AUGGAUAUACCAUUGAAGUCAAUCGAACAAUUAUGGCUAAAGUACAAGGACUGCACAAGCAUAACAUUCGAUGUUAGGUUGUCCAUGAACAGUGCAGUCUAUGCACUGACCAAACACAAAGACUUAAUAACAUUGGAUAACAACAAUCUAGUUCAUUUGAUCAAUGCAUUGCCAUUACUCUCACAAGUCUUCUGCAGUGACUUGUUCAAUCAUAACGGCAUGCUUUGCGAAUACCUCAAGAAUUUGAUCAAUUCUGUACAGUAUGAUACUGUGGCUUGGAGUGCCAAAGGAACAUCGGGUGUAGUUGGACAGGGAGGAGCCCCGUUUCAAACUCCUGGAUCAUUCGCAUCACCAUCGUCAUCGCCAUCGGGUGAAGUUGGACAGGGCGCCGCUCCAUCCCAAACUCCUGGAUCAUUCGUAUCACCGUCGCCAUCACCAUCGCCAUCGCCAUCAGGUUUUAGACAGGGCGGCGCCUUGUUUCAAACUCCUGGAUCAUUCGUAUCGCCAUCGCCACCCACGCCUGGUGUUACAAUCGAUUGGAGACAAAUACAUUCAAUGCCAGACAUCAAGGUCAGUCUGAUUGAUGUGUCCACUGCACUGAUGGACGUAUGGGACAUGAGUGGAGAGAUAAGAAACCGGUCGAUGUAUGGACAAACAACCAAAAUGUACCUACUCUCUCCUGAGCUCUUUGAUACACUCCUCGCCAACACACGAGACAAUGACAAUGGCGAUGCUGAUGAACAAAGAAGCAAGGUAUUCAACAUAUACAUCAAGCUGCUGAGGUACAACCUGGACAUGUACCAACGGGUGACGUCCGUGUUUGGAUUGGAUCGUGUUGAGACACAGCUCACUCAAUGGUUCAUGCUCCCAAGCAAAGACUCUGAUAGGAGACUACAGUACUUGUGGGCAAUUCCAAACAAGUCAUCAUCACAGUUAUUGAUCAACCACAAACUAUAUGUUAGAGAGUUCUUGCAAUCAUAUGCCGGAGAUUUCCAAGAUCAACAAGAGCAAUUACUCGCCGAGGUGUUCAAUGUGAUCUUGGAUGAUCCAACCAACAACGAUGCCAACCAAAGAUGGAUAAUCAGCAUGUUGGAGGAGAUGAAUCAAUCGUCUCGCCAAUGGUAUCGCACCAACGCUGGAUUUAGGCUAUUCCAUCAAUUCAUUCAACCAAUCGAUCAUUUUCUCCGAUUCUUCCAUCAACUGGACACUCCAAACAUGUGCACCCUCAUCACUAGUCUUGGUCCAUCAUUCCAACAACAUUACAAGAAAUGUGAGCCGUUCAUCAUUGUGACUCUUGACAGGGGACUGGAGGGGCUAGCCAUGUUACAAGGUAUUACCAAAUCCUUUGGAGUAUCAGAUGUUGCGGAGAAUUCUCUUUGUGAUCUCUUGGAAUAUGUGAACCGGUUGCCACUCGACGCCAGCACCUUUGCCUUUCUGAUCAAGAAGUCUCUUUUUGGCAAUCAACCUGGAAUGAAUGUAAUACCAACCCCUCAACCAAAAAAGAAUGCACAGACAGCAUAUGGACGGACAUCGGCCCCUACUCCGAUCCCGCCUCAACCCACAGUAACGGCUAAGCCUCAGUCUGGACCCGGAUCACAAUUUGUAUUCAAGAAUCAUCAUGUUGGCAUCUCAGACGUUAAGCUUGGUAUGAUAAUCGAUGGUUUGCUUGGCGUGGCAGAGUUGAUGAUGCUACAUCCCGAGAAGUAUGAUCGAGUCAAUGACAUCAUGGAUGCUUGGAUCACAGCAUUGUUGCGUGUCAACCAAUACCGUGUACCAAACGAAUAUGACAUCAUCAACAAGCACAGACAAUCAAUUGGACAAUUCGUCGCCAAACAUCGAGAUGUCGUUCAAAAGACACCGGCCGACAAUCCAUUCCUGCUGGCCAUUACUCGCCAUUCAUUAUUAGACGCACAACUCAUCAAAGACAUUGGUUUCGUUGGGGCAGUCAACAACCUGGCCCCAUACAAACAAAUACUUGAUGCAUGCCCUGCAAACAGUGAUCGAGUAUGGAUCGAUCUAAUCGACAAACAUAUUCAGUUUAGCGCACAUGACCAUCAGCUGUAUCUCCACUUUGUUGCGGCGUGCACUCGCGCAGCACCAAUCUUCCACAUUCUCAAGUAUCGCCAUUACCAGAAGCAUGUCUUCUUCAAUCGACAAACAAUGCCAACAAAGAGUCAACUACUGGUGAAUGUCCAGAGAGAUGAUGGUGGCGUGUUUGAGCAACAACAACAACUCUACAAACAGUUCAAAAAGACAUCAAUCGCCAGAAUAUAUCCAGAUUGGAAGAUGAAACAUCCACCACCUGUUGAUGGCAACACUCUGCCACCGCUCUCAACAUUGAUCAUCAAGCACGUUGUCAUGUAUCUGGUGUUUAACGAUGACCGCACUACGAAGCCCAAUUGGAUUGUCACACUGUCCACCGUGUCGUCACAGUUCCAUCAGGCAGUGUCCUAUGUCGUGUCGAACUUUAUGAUCCCAACACUACGCAUUCACUCGCCGAUCAAUCAUCUGGGCUCCAAUCACUGCCUGUUCAAGUCACCGCCACUGCAUAUCGAUGCCUUUGAGCUUUCACACAUUCCUAAGACUCACAUCAAUACAUGCCUCGAUCGACUUGAAUCAUUGGUCAUACCAUUGUGUUUCAUGUCGUACUAUCGCAUUGUUUUGAUCGAGGUUCGUGCGCCCAAUGUCCGCCACAUCAAGUUCAAGGAGUACUUUCUCAAUGACCGUUCCGCCAAGUACAAGUUAUUGAAUGAUUGGAAACAUUGGGCACAGUUUGGCUCACGAGUUGGAUUUAGCAAGGUGAAGCGUGAUCGCGAGGGUCGCUGCAAUGACCAAUUCUUCUCACUUCUGUUCCAGUUGUACCUCGGCCAAAAUGCCAUUAACACUGGCUCCUCCGUUCUUCAGUCAAUUGAGAUCGUCUCGCGAUCGCCUGUUGGCCCACCAACACCACCGUCACGUCUCAAUGGCCGCGUCAACAUUGACUUUACAUGGGAUCUUGAGUCUUUGGACAAAUAUCGCACAGAUAGUGGUUGGAUAUACGAGCCAGGUCCAAGAAACGAUGAUCAAGAUGGUUAUAAUCAGGUCACCAAACUCAAACUGCCAUACGAGGGAUUAAACAUCGAGAAUCCCCCUCCAAUAUCAUCGUUCCCCAAUGUUCGAGAGAUAUAUUGGCCAUUUGUUGAAAGACAGCAUGGCGAACCAAUUGAAGAUGAAUGUUGA